UUCAAUAUAAUUUGCUAUAAAUUGAUUGUGAAUGGUGGAUAGUGAAUUAAAAUUGUGGUAAAAUGGCUUCAUACAUCAAUUUCAGCUCAUCUUCAACUACCAAACGUUCAAUCGCUAUUGGUGCUGUUGCAUUAGUAGCCACUCUAAUAACAAUUGGAGUUGUAGUUACAAUUACAAUUAAACAUGAAUCUCCAACAACUAACAACCUAAAAAUUGGUGAGUUUAAAGUUAAAUUCAAUGAACCUCAAUGGAUACCAUUUGUUAAUAAAGAUACAUCUCUUGUGAAUGCCUUUGUUGGUGGAACUAAUGGGAAUGGUAGAUCAAUUUAUGUUUGUCGAGCCAACACAACUAAAUCGAGAGCAUUGGAAUUAUUACCUGGAAUGUUUGAUCCUGACUCCGGUUCCAGUGCAUGUGAAGUUACUUGGAGAGGCGACGGUUAUAGAUAUGAAAGUUUUGAAAUACUCGUAGCGAAAGAUCCUUCAGUGUUAGUAUGGGAAUCCGAUCAUUAUGGACAUGCACCUAUUGGCGCUCUAAGUGGAGGCCUUUCCGAGACGGAUGACGAACUUCAAAUGUCAAGGGCUGACAGGAUUUCUGGUCAAUACAUUGGUAAAGUUCAUGGACGAUAUUCAAAGGCUUAUAUAGCAGAAGACGGUAAAGAAAUGACUGUUCUAAGUUAUAAGGUUUUGUGUCUACAAGAUUACAGUUUAGGUUAAAAAACUCUAGCGAUUUCUGAAUUUAAAAAUCUGUAAUAUGACUUGAUGAAUCGUGUUUAAAUGCAAUUUAAUAUGCA